AAUCAGGAUAAUUCUAACAUGGAAAAUCUUAAGAAACAAUCCACGAGUAAUUCUAAUAUAGAAAAUCUUAAGAAACAAUCUAUGAGUAAUUCACAGUUGAACACAGCAGAAAUAAUGAUUCAAGAAAGUGGUACACAAAAUUUAAAUAUUAAUAUAGAGAAAGACUGCACAAAUAAAGGAGCACAUUCUUCGGAUGAUUCAGACGGUUCUGUUUCUUUAGUCCAACCCUUAACCCAA